AUGUUAAGAUAUCCAAAAAAAGGAUUAGUUAGAUUUGACCAAUCAGAUGAAACCACCUAUCUGUCCAAUUUGGCGGUAAAGAGGAAUGCCAGUGCCUUUUUUGAAAAAUAUGACCGAAGCGAGGUUCAAGAAUUACUUGCUACUGCAGUUGUCAGCUGGCUCUCUGGAAAAGAGGACCUACGUUCCCACAUAGAACUUCCUGAUGGAAUUAUGAGUCAGUUAAAAAAUGUAGGCUUCUCAACAGCAGUCCUGCUAGCACCAGUGGAUCCAAAUGCAAACCUGGAUUAUAGAGAAGUUCAUCAAAUCAUAAGAGAGUUGUCUGUUGGAAUUUAUUGUUUGAAUCAAAUUCCUUCCAUCAGUUUAGAAAUCAAUUAUGAUCAAAGCUCAUCCUGCCAGCUGCCUCCUGCUUAUUUUGACACCCGAAUUGGACAAAUUCUGAUUAAUGUUGACUACAUGAUAAAAUCACUCUGGCAUGGAAUAUAUAUGCCAAAAGAAAAAAGGGUGAGGUUCUCUGAAAUGUGGCGUUCCCUUAUGGAUGUUGAUGUUGAAGGGAAACCUCAAACAGAUAAAGAUAUCUUUGCAGAGUUUAGUGCAGCAGGUCUCCUUGAUCUUACAAAGGAUCCAGAUUAUGAAGGAAUAUAUGAUGAAGACAUGAAUGAAGACCCAACCUAUGAUCCUAAUAGCCCUGAAGAAAAAUCUAUAUUCAUGAAAUAUGCUGAAAAUAUAAAGCUAAAGCUGACAUUUAGCAACACACUAGUUCAGCAAUAUGAGAAUGUCUUCUUAUUUGAUACAGCCUACUGGCUUACUAAUGUAAUAAGGUAUACUGAUGACUAUCUUGAUGUUUGUACCUACCAGAGAAUACAGCAAAGACUAGCUCUUCAGAAAAAACUGAUAGAGAAACACCUUGAGAAGAAAGCUGAAAUGCGGCAAAACAUAGCGUAUCUAAGGUUAAUAUGCUUUAUGAUUCCAUUCUUACUUGGCUUAAAAAAGAAGAUGAAAGUUCCAAACUUAAGUACCCUGCUUCCACCAUUUUCAGAUGACAAAGUCAAGACAGAACGAGAACUGCCACCAUUUAUUCGUGGACCAAAUUUUAAGUGCCAGCAUUUUCAUUAUGCAGAGAAUCAGUAUUUUCAUGUUCAUGGAGGAAUUGAAUUUGACAUUGGCACACCUUCAAUUGAGGAGAUUUCAGAAGCCUUUCAGGACAUUUAUGAAACAUUGCAAGACUGUUCUUCUCAAUCAUUUGAAGAUUUAGGAUACAAAGAAUUCUACCCUAUCCCAGUCAUGGAAUAUAAUGGGAAAAGCUACUACGUAAUCUAUUUUGAACUUGAAACUUUCUACCAGCAGUUAUAUAAGACCCAGUGGUGGGGAGCCAUAAAUGAAAUUAUGAACAGUCUUAGACCCAAAAGACUUCCACUCUCAGAUAUUCAAUUACACGAGCAAUUCAAGAAAAAAUUCGGUUUCAAAAAAGCUAUGAAGUGCAAGAGUUUGCCCUAUGGCAUGAGGUGUACUGUUGAAAGAGGAUUAUUUGCUGUCUUCCAUACAUUUUGUCGGAAAACCUCAUCCUCCACUAUCAGUGUUACAGAUGAAUUGGGUUAUUCUAUUCUCCAUUAUGCUGCUAUGCACAACAGAGUGUCAUUUAUAUGCCAGCUAUGUAAUUCUAAUGUGAAUGUCAACCAGAGAAGAUCUGUGAUGAGCAACCUAGGUCCAACACCCCUACACCUUGCAGCUCAGGCUGGCUCAGUAGAAGCAACUGUCUGUCUACUAAGCCACAAAGCAGAUUAUACUCUAUGUGAAAAAAGAGGAUGGCUGCCUAUUCAUGUUGCUGCUUUCUAUGACAAUAUUUGCAUCAUCAUUAUUCUCUGUAGGAAGGAUCCUAGUUUGCUAGAAGCCGAGACAGCAUCUGAGAAUCAAUGUACCCCACUAUUACUUGCAGCCACAUCUGGAGCAUUGGACACUCUCCAUUAUUUGUAUACUCAUGGGGCUAAUUGGAAAAAAACAGACAGCAAAGGAAAUAAUAUAAUUCAUUUGUCAGUGCUAAAUUUUCACACGGAGGUUUUGAAGCAUAUUAUAGAAUUAAAUAUCCCUGAACUCCCAGUAUGGAAAACCUUGGUAGAAAUGUUGCAGUCUGAAAGUUAUAAACGGAAGAUGAUGGCAGUCAUGUCCUUGGAAGUGAUUUGCUUAGCAAGUAAAAACUAUUGGAGGUGUAUUUUAGAAGCAGGAACCAUUCCUGCCUUAAUCCACCUGCUGAAAAGUAACAAAAUGCAACUGAAGUGUAAAAUCACAGGGUUGCUGAGCAACAUCUCUAUCCACAAGUCUGUUUGCAAUGCAUUGGUAGAGUCAGGAGGCAUUUCCGUACUCAUCAACUUGCUGCUUACUGAUGAGCCUGAGCUGCAGUCACGCUGUGCAGUUAUUCUUUAUGAUGUUGCUCAGCUCGAUGGCAACAAGGAUAUAAUCGCCAAACAUAAUGGAAUGGCUGCUCUGAUAAGUCUCUUGAAGUCAGACAAAGAGAAUCUCCUGGUGAAUGUAAUGAAUUGUAUGCGGGUAUUAUGUAUAGGACAUGUGGAAAAUCAGAGAGCUGUGAAAGAAAACAAAGGCAUCCCAUUACUUGUUUCCUUUCUGAGUUCAGAAUCAGACGUGCUGCAGGCUGUAUGUUCAGCUGCGAUUGCUGAAAUUGCUCGUGGAAACACAGAUGUGCAGGAUGCUAUGGCCAAGGAAGGUGCAAUCAUUCCUCUUGUAGCACUUUUUAAAGGAAAACAAAUCAGUGUUCAAGUGAAAGGAGCUAUGGCUGUAGAAUCACUGGCAAGUCAUAAUUUUGCUAUACAAAAAGGAUUUCUAGAAAGAUCAUUGACCAGAUAUCUCUUAAAACUCUUGAAGGCAUUUCAACUACAUGUUAAGGAACAAGGGGCUUCAGCAUUGUGGGCCUUGGCAGGGCAAACUCUAAAACAGCAGAAAUUUAUGGCAGAACAGAUUGGGUACAAUUUUAUAAUCAACAUGCUUUUGUCACCAUCAGCUAAAAUGCAGUAUGUUGGAGGUGAAGCAGUCAUAGCUCUGAGUAAGGACAGUAAAUUGCACCAAAACCAAAUAUGUGAAGGAAAUGGUAUUGCACCUUUGGUUCGACUACUGAGAAUUAGCAAGAUAGCUGUGGGUACGCUUCUGAGUGUUAUCAGAGCCGUGGGAACCAUGUGUAUUGGUGUGGCCCAUACAAGCAAUACUACUAGUCAGCAAUAUAUUGUUGAUGAACAAGCCUUCCCUGUCCUUAUUAACCUCCUGAGAAAUCAUCCAUCUAUUCAGAUUAAGGUUGAAGUGGCAUGUGCCUUGGCUUGCAUUGUCCUGAGGAAUGAUAAAUUGCAAGAUAUAUUGCAAGAAGAAGAAGGUUUUAGGUAUGAUGAUGUCCUUUAUCUUCUUCAUUCACCAGAUAAGGAUAUUUGUUUAAGAGCAGGCUAUGCAAUAACUCUUUUUGCAUUCAAUAAUCGCUAUCAACAGUACCUAAUAUUGGAAAGUGGAGCAAUUUCCAUAUCUAUUUUUGAACCUUUUCUGAAAUCGGAUAUUGAGACUGAAAGGGCAAUGGCAGCAUUUCAGAUAAUCGUGUUAGCCAAAGUUAUCGUAGACGUGGAUCACAUUACUUUGUCUGCAAGAGGCAUUACUAUUUUAGUUGAUCUUCUGUAUUCAUGUAAGACAGCUACUCUGGUCUUAACAGGAAAUUUGAUAGCUAGCUUGACUCAUACCACAGCUGGUAUUACAGAAGCCUUUACCACACUGAGGACAAUUCAAAGGCUUUGCUACCACUUGUACUCGGAAAAAGAAGAGGUUCGUAUAUCUUGUGCCUGUGCUCUUGGCUACUUAACUUAUAAUGCAAAUGCUUACCGACACUUGUUAAAGGAAUGCAGGAAUAAGCCAAAUCAAUUCCUUCGUUUAAUGAAUAACAUCAGCAAAGAUGCAAGUAUUAGCCCAGAUUUUGUAAAGGAAUUUCAAAUGCAAAAAAAAGUUGGGCUGCCUUCUAUAAGUCUGGAGAUAAAUGGAGGCCCAUCCAUAAUUCCUGUCUUUAAAAAAGGUAAAGAACACAGAAGAAAAGUAAAAGCUAAAAUUCAGCCUAAAGAUUCUUUGCUUAUAAUACCUCGUACAGGCAACUUAAUAGGAAGACUCAAAGCAACAAGGUUCACUACUUCUCGUAGAAUGUUUUCUUUUUCAACUUCAGCUUCAUCAGAUAUUAUAAAAGUCUCAAGGCCAAGAAUCAUGGCUUUGAGCCAACUCAAGGAAAUUAAACAGAAGAAAGCCACCCAUGACACUCAGGAAAACCCUCAAACCACUUCAACAUGAAAACAUUCUUGGCUAGAGAGCCUGGUAACAUUUUAAAAGAGGAAUUUCCAAGUACUGAUAUUGGAAAAUUGGUUCAAUGAGUAAAACUUUCUGUAGUAAAUUAGAAUAACUGCACUCAAACCUAAUAAAAUUUCAUGAUGGACACAAUGGCAACAAAUGAAUAUUUAUGUCAUAAGCAGCAUUUUAAAACAAGUAUGUAAGGAGGAUAAAGAGGCCUGGCUGGAGCACACUACUCCUCUUCUUUUAGGCUGUAAUUCCCAAAGUGUCCCUCACCCAAAUAAAGUGUCCCUCACUCAAAUAAAGGCAGGAGACAAGAAAGGAUCUUGAUCAGCUGAUGACCCUGAAUAACUGUGCUGCAUGGGAGAUAAAGGAAGUAUGCAUGGUGGGGGCUACUCAAUAGGCCCAAAGCUGUGAUGAGAGGAAAGUGCCAGUAUGAUAGUCAAAUAAAAUGAUACCUCUUUAUCUAAUCAUUGGUACUUAAGGGUGUAUGAGAGCUUAGAGUACUAGUUUUUAUAAGUCUGUCACAGUUUCCUUCACUUAAUUUGUAUUCAAUCAAGCAAGAAAACAAACAAAUGCUUAUUAAAUACCUACUACGCACCAGGCACUGUGGAUGCA